AGGAGGCAGAGGGUGAAACACACAGCCUGGGAAGAGGCAGAAGAGGAGAGACACACGACAAGCAGAGACGUCCUGACGACAAGAACAAUGCCAAAUUUUGCAGGCAUCUGGAAAAUGAAAGCAAGUGAGAACUUUGACGAGCUGCUGAAAGCACUGGGGGUGAACCCAAUCCUGAGGAAAGUAGCAGUGGCAGCCGCAUCAAAGCCCCACGUGGAGAUCAGGCAGGACGGCGAUCACUUCUACAUCAAGACAUCCACCACAGUCCGCACCACAGAGAUCAACUUCCUCAUAGGGGAGGAGUUUAAUGAGGAGACUGUAGAUGGCAGAAAGUGUAAGAGUUUGGCCACUUGGGAAACAGACAACAAGAUUUACUGCAAGCAGGCCCUGCUGAGUGGGAACGGCCCAAAGACCUUCUGGAGCCGAGAACUCAAAGGAGAUGAACUCAUACUGAUCUUUGGGGCAGAUGACGUCUUGUGCAGGAGGAUUUACGUACGAGCGUAGCAGACCUGCAUGUAAAUUCAUACGACUCACACGUCCACAAUAAAGCAGAGGGCUUAAACUGAUUCCAUAAAUGGCCAAGAGGGGGCAGGUUUUCUUUGCAACCACCAACUCCAGCAACAGGUCACUGAAUAUUUUCAGAGAAAUCUUUCAGCUGGUGGUACAAGCAUCAAAUUCAGCACAAAUAUACCUUAGACAUUAGUCUUUAGAAGAAAGAAAAAAAAUGGACACUUGAACUUUCAUAGGGAGCCAUCUCCAACCGCUUAGUCUAAUAAAGGGUCACGGGGGGCUGGUGUCUAUCCCAGCAGUCAUAGUGUGCAA